AUGUCCGAGGAAGCUCCCGCACCUGCUGCCGCCCCGGCCAAGGCGGCCAAGAAGAAGAAGACAGCGACUUCCAAGCCCAAGAAGGUCGGCCCCAGCGUGGGCGAGCUGAUUGUGAAAACCGUGGCCGCUUCCAAGGAGCGCAGCGGCGUGUCCGCAGCCGCUCUCAAGAAGGCUCUGGCUGCCGGAGGCUACGAUGUGGACAAGAACAAGGCCCGCGUCAAGACCGCCAUCAAGAGCCUGGUGGCGAAGGGCACUCUGGUGCAGACCAAGGGCACCGGAGCCUCCGGAUCCUUCAAGAUGAACAAGAAGGCUACUGAGAGCAAAGCCAAGAAGCCCGCAAAGAAAGCCGCUCCUAAAGCCAAGAAGCCCGCCGCGGCCAAAGCCAAGAAACCGGCAGCAGCUGCUAAGAAGUCGCCCAAGAAGGCCAAGAAGCCCGCAGCGGCGCCCAAGAAAGCGCCCAAAAGCCCCAAGAAGGUGCUCAAGAAGGCUCCCGCAGCAAGGAAGUCCCCCGCCAAGAAGGCCGCCAAGCCCAAAGUCAAGAAGGCCGCCACAGCAGCCAAGAAGAAGUGA